CACAGACGAGAAGGGAGAACCACUGAAUUUUUAAAAUGGUGAACGCCAUUUCAACGGAAAAUUGCGCGCUAUUAUUAAGUAUUUUAUUUUAUGUAUAAGUGAACGAUUAAGGUCGAAUGGCACGCAUAACUGAGGUAAAGUUUGGAGACUUUCAGGUACAAAAACGGUAUAAAGAAUUAGAACGAGAAUUAAAACUGGCUUCUCUUAGACAGAAAAGUACCACGAAUGAAUCGUUACCAUCUUUGUUAUCUCAUACAUCUAAUAAUUAUGUAGAUUCAUCCAACUGUGCUGCUAAUGAUAAUGAUAUUGUUUCUUCGAGCAAAAAUUUGAAAAAUAUAUUUUCAAGGAAAGGAUUUAGUACACAAAGCGAUACUCAGAAAAAUUAUCUUAUCAUGCAGCCACCUAACAGUCAUGUAAUUCCUCGUACUUCUAAAAAAAGGAAUGAUACAUUAAUAUACAAUGCAAAAGUUUCUCCAAUGUCACAGAACAACCGUAUUCCUUCCUACCUGGAAUUUAAUAGGAAGAAACAAAAUUUUGAACUUUCUAAUACUACUAAACAAUACACUAAUUCUGUUAAUUUUUCACAAAUUAGUGCUGAUGAUUCACAAAUAAAGAAUGUUAAAAUUUUCAUAAAAUGGAAAGUUAUGUUAACUGAACAUGGUCAGUUAGUUAUUAAAGGAAUGUCACCAUGUAAUAAAAUUUGUCAAAGUAAACCUAUUGUGAGAAAAUUAUCAAGUAUCAGUGUUGAAUCUGUUGGCAAAGACUUGUACUAUAUACAGGGAAAUAUUGUUGACGAUGAACAUGAAUUACCAGAAUAUGUCAAGGGCAAAUUUUAUAAUGGAUUUCCUGAUGACUGGGAAAAUGUUCAUCAGAUUUGGAGAAUAUUUGUACAACAAGGAUGUAGAGCAUCCUUUCGUUGGCCUACUCCUAUUACAGACAGUGAUGAUGAUUUGAAAAGUGAAUUAACAGAUCUUACAUAUCAACAUUUUGAAGAUUCUAAACAAGAAGUGUCAAAUUUAGAAUCUUCUAAAAAAUCACAGUUGUCUGAACCUUAUUCCGAUUUUUCAUUAAGUGCUUCACAGUGGGUAAAUGAUGGAACUUUUAUUUUGAAUAAUUGCAAGAAAAAAGAUUCAUUUACACAAACAUCACUUAUUGGUGUAACUGAAAAUUCGUUUUAUCAUGUUGACACUGAUACUCCAUUGAAUCAUUAUAUGUACAAUGGAGAAUGUAAUAAAAACCAGGAAAAUGCAAAUGUUAAGUAUUUUCAUACCAAAAAUAAAGAUAAAUUAAAGGAAAAAUUAAAUAUUAUUUUAAACAAUUUGUUGGAUAAAAGCUCUCCUACAGAGUGCAUUAAUGAAAUUAUUGAGAUAGCCAAAUUUUUCAAUUAUCUUGUAUCAGAUGAAGAUAAUGAAUUCAGUACAGAAGAUUUAAAACUAAAGAAUUACAGAAAUGAGCACAAUAAAGAAACAACUAAUAAAUCUGGAAAAUCAGAAUCGAUUUCGAUGAUAAACGAUGUAAUACAUAAUAAAAACACGCCCAGUAAUUCAAUAAUUAAUCAUAAAUGCAUUUCAAAAGAAGAUAAAAUUAUAAAUCACGACGAACUGUUAUCAAAAAAACGGACUUUUACAGAAAUGAGUAAGGAUAAUGAUAAUGAUGAUAGUUUUGAGAAUAAAAAUGAAGUUUAUGCAGGAGUUCCUAGAAUACCAGUGGAGCAACUAUUACGAAAGAGGGAAGCGUUAAAACCUCAUAAACGUAAAAUAAAAAAGAGGGCACAUGAAAAAUAUGAUGUUACGUAUAAGCCACGUGUUUCAAAUAUAUCCUUAGCUGAACAUUAUGUCGAUGGAUCAAACUCUACACAGAUGAAUAACAUACAUUUUGACGAUUCUAGUAUUGAUACUAAAAAAUAUAAAAGAUGUUUUCAAAGCGCAAAAAGAAGAGAUAGUAAUUCAAAUAUUCAAAGUAAAAUGAUCAAACCUAUCGAUUUCGAUAUUACUGAAGUAGAACAGUCGAACAGACUGAAUAAUUUCAAUAAAAGUAAAAAUAUGCACGAAGUACAAAAAUGUUUCAAACGAAAAAAUUCAACACCUAUACACAAAUCUAUUAACAAUUUUUGCAAUUCUUUUGAUGAAAUGAAAAAUGAAAAAUCUAGGAGUACAUUAACUGGAAACUGUACAAAUACAGGAAACGAAACAAAUUUUAAUAUAAGAGAAAUGAGCGGAGGAGUAGAUCUUAAUAUAAGAGAAACAAAUUCUGCUAUGAAAAUUAUUAAUGAAAAGAAUGAUCAACAUCACAAUUAUACAUAUUGCAAAUCAUCUACAGAAUCCUUGUAUCAUAGCACUAGUAAAAUUGCAAAACCUACAAUAAUUAGCUCGGUACCUACUAACAUAGAAAUGAGAGGUUUUAAAACAGGCUAUUCUUUACGAAAACAAAAAACAGUUGCAGCUAAGAAUGAAGAUAAGGAUACUAAAGAUUUAAAUAAAGAAAAUGAAACUAGCAAUUGGAUACAGAAAAAGUCUCCUACAAAUUUUCAUGCUACCAGACAGGCUGAUGCAACUUUGUUAAACAAUAGCAAGAAAGAUUUAGAAAAACAUGUUGAAGGUCAGCUAGCUAAUGGAGACUCUACUACUUUAAACGUGUCGCCUCAGUCUAAUCUGAAAACUUUAAAAGAUAAUCAUCAAGAUACAAGGUAUUCUAAACCGAAGUCACUAACUGCUUGGAUACCGAAAGUAUUAUACAAGCCAAAAUUAUCCUUAAUUUUCAAGGGCACAUUGUUAAACGAUGCUGGUCACGUUCUGCACAAAAACUUUCAAACGAAAACUGUUGUUCGUCGAGUAACAGCAAAACUGAUAGAAACAGUGGAUCAUGAAUUCUAUGAGUUAAUUGGCGAUUUAAAUGAUACAAAACAUGUUAUACCUAAACAGUUGAUAAAUCAUUGUCGUUAUGGUUGUCCAUCCAGAAUAGAUCAAUUUUGCAAAACCUGGAAAUCAUUACAAAAUAUUUCAGAUGAUGAUAGUUCAGAUAGUACACUUGAUAUGAAUAAUUCGUCCACGAAUGUUGUAAAUGUCGGUGUAAGUUCGAAAGGCAGGAGAAUUAUGCGCCCAUUAAAUUAUUGGACUGGAGAACGCGUUACGUUUAAAGAUGACAAUCCAGUAUACUGUCCGUAUACAAGUUUUCAAGAAAAAUUAGUUGAUGAAAAUACAAGUGAUAAAAAACGAAUUGACAGUAAAGUAUCUAAAAAAUUUGUAACGAAACAUAAAAAAGGGAAAGAUGUACGAACGCAAGAAUCGGAUCACUCUAGUGAUAGUGAAAACGUUUCUCCUCGCAAGAUAGAAAGAUUGAUUAAACAAACACCAUCUAAUUCUGUAAAUAUAAAUAAUAAACAGGCUGCACAUUCAACAAGUAUAGAAAAUUCGCGUGAACCACAUCCGAGGCUCGAUGAAUCGAAAUUGACCAAAACGUCGACGAAAGCCAACUUGGACAUCUCAAAACAAAUGUUUCAGAGACCUAAGGUCUCAUCUGGAAAACGUGACGUAAUAUGUACAUAUUAUAAAGGUAUUUCAUCUAAAGACGAUGUAUUAUCCGACGAUUUGGAAUCACGUGUAUAAAAUAACAUUCCCUAAAAUAAUUUUCAUUUAUACAUUAUAUUUGUAUGCUUCAUCGUAUAUUUGAUAAUUAAAGUAAUCCUAUUAUAGUUUUUAAUAAAAGAGAUUAAAAUGUGUGCAUUUGCUGUUCGCUUCAAAGUUUGGAUAAUAAAACAAAAUUAUAAGAUAAAAUUGUUUUAUUAUUUCAUCGUGUAAUUUAACAGUUGUAUAAAGCAUAUAAGAAACACGUUGCAUUCCUAAGUCAGUAACAUAAGAACUGUACAACAACUUAAUAUCGAUAAAAUUAAAAUGGAAGAAAAAUAUGUUAUACAUAUAUAUAUAUAUAUAUA